AUGGCUUGCCGGGACAAGGGAGAAGUGCCUUGCGAUUGGGCGAACACGGCGCUGCGCUUGGGCAUUGGCUCAAAGCAUGUGUGUUCGCGGGAUCAAAUUCCAGUUGGAGUGCGGUCCAACUCGCCAGUCUCAAGUUAUGUCGCCAGUGACGAUUUCAGCCAUCCGGCCCACUCGUCAACCAUCACGAAACUGAGUAAUUCAGCUAGCCGAGUCGACCUUGGUCGUCGUCGAUACCCACUUCGCUUUCCCACUCCCCCGUCCCUCCUCAGGCUUCUACAGCUGUCGUUUGUUCCCCUUGGAGCUGAUCGUUCCCUCACUCCCUUCCUCCGGUUAUUUCUCUCCUUCCCACCAGGUUACUUGCCCGCCUUCCAAAGUUGUUCCCGUGGCUAUCGUCCUGAUGCGGGUCGCCCUUAUCGGGAAGCCUGCACACCAAUCCUGCUUCGACUUCCAGCUCGCAAGUAG